UUUCUCCUUGGAGAGGUGAAAGGUGAAGCCAAGAACAGCAUUACAGACUCACAAAUGGAUGAUGUUGAAGUAGUUUAUACAAUCGAUAUACAGAAGCAUAUUCCAUGCUACCAGUUGUUCAGCUUUUAUAAUUCUGCAGGAGAACUGAAUGAACUUGCCCUGAAGAAAAUACUAUCAGGCUGUAAGAAGAGUGUAAUAGGAUGGUACAAAUUCAGACGUAACACAGACCAGACCAUGACAUUCCGGGAAAGACUUCUUCAUAAGAAUUUACAGUCACACCUAUCAAAUCAGGGCCUUGUAUUCCUUUUAUUAACCUCUAGCGUGAUGACAGAGAGUUGUUCUACGUACAGACUGGAACAUGCUUUACAUCGGCCACAGGAAGGUCUUUUCCAGAAAGUUCCUUUGGUGGUUACCAACUUGGGUAUGGCAGAACAGCAAGGUUACAGAACGGUGUCUGGUUCCUGUGUAUCUUCUGGUUUUGUGAAAGCAGUAAGACAACACAGGUCAGAAUUCUUCUAUGAAGAUGGAUCCUUACAAGAGGUUCAUAAGAUAAAUGAGAUGUAUGCCACCUUGCAAGGGGAACUGAAGAAAAUAUGCUCUACAGUAGAAGUCAGUGAGCGAUCUGUAGAGAAACUCUUGGCAGAAGUGAGCCAAUUAAAAAGAGAAAUAAGGAGAAAAAAGCAACAACAUUGUUCAGGAGCAGACAGAGACUACCCAGGAGAGCUAAAGGAGAAUGUUUUCCUUUGUCAGGCACUGCAAACAUUUUUCCCCAAUUCUGGACUUCAGACAUGUAUUGUUUCCUUCAAAGGCCACCAGAUAUCCAAGAACUGCUGUAACAUUGACCAUAAUAUUAAUGUCAUGGACAAACUGACUCUUAUGGUAGAGGAAAGAGACUUCACUGAAGCUGAAACAAGACACUUAACCAAGCGUAAAGUCAGAGGGACUACAACAGGAUCAAAGUCAUUCAAGAAAUCCAGAUCACUGCACCGUCACCAAAAAUUACUUCGAGAUCAGGAGGACAGUGACCAGGAAAGGAAGCUUACACUGAGUAGCACUGAAACAGAUGAGGAUGUGUUUGAAAAAAACAGAGAUGCAGAUGAAUACCCACACUCCCCUACCUUCUGA